AUGCAGCUAUUCAAUAGACGACUGGUGGGUGUACUGAUUUCCCUCCAAGUGAUGGUCAUCUGCUCCACUGCUUACUAUUCCCGAUGGAGUGAUUGGGGUCCGUGGUCGCCUUGUAACGCAUCGUGUGGGAGGGGCGCAACCGAGAGACACCGGACAUGCGAAGAUGUUUUUGGAGGAGAGGCAGACGGAUGUGGAGACGAGGAUGAUGGGGUGGAGAUCGCCGAUUGUUUCAACCAAAGAUGUCUUCUAGGAUGGUUAGAAGAGGGUUCGCCAGAGAGUAAGAUAAAGCCUCAAUCCUUGUGGAACCAGUGGAGUGGAUGGGCCGGUUGUGACGUCGACUGCGGCGGCGUCGGGAAGCAUAUGCGAUCCCGAGGCUGUAUGAUAACCCCGUGGCAGAAACACUCAUUUGAGAUGUCUCGUCUUUGCGAGAACGGUGGAAAACCUGUCACAAAAGCAUGGGUAUUCGCUUACGCGCCAUGUGACAGGGGCCCUUGCACUGCUGCAGAUACAAAAAAAAUAGGAGAGUGGACUGAAUGGACAUGGUCCCCUUGUACCGCUACAUGUGGGGUUGGGGUAAAGGUGGGCAACAGGACCUGCAUGGAUGGCGAGUUGAAUGGUAGGAACUGUGUGGGAGAAGAUCGUCGCUACAUGGAUUGCGAGAAGGGCCCCUGCAAAAACAAAGUUCCAACUGGUGUGGCCUGGGGCAAUUGGCAUGGUUGGUCGCCGUGCACUGAAAGCUGUGGCAACCUGUCCACGAAACACCGGUGGCGGUAUUGCUUCAAAGGGAAAGAAAAAACAGAAGGUUGUGAAGGCGGGAAAAAUGCAAAUCAAGUACAUUCCUGCCGGGUACCUGCAUGCAAAUUUAUGGACAUUGAUCCUCCAAAAUGGACAGAGUGGACAGAGUGGACAGAAUGCACAAAGACAUGCGGAGGUAUUUUUGGAAACCGAUACAGGAAGAGGGAAUGCCUGCUGCAGGGAUAUACUUCCAAAAACUGUUUUACCGAGGGCAGAUCAAAAGAUUCUCAGAAGGGGAUUUGUAGGAGCAAGGAUCCUUGCCCACCUCCAACAAAACCUCCACCAACGACAAAACCGCCACCAACGACAAAACCGCCACCAACAACAACGAAACCGCCACCAAUAAAACCCCCUCAACUACCACAGAAAGUGCAUAUAAAUAUACCAAAGAAACCGUUGAAUAGUGGUCAGCAAUCUGCAAACCAACAGUUGCCAGGAAAAUUUACCAGUAGUUUCAUGGCGCGAUACGCACAAGUGAUGAAACAGAAAAGCACCAACUCUCAAACUGCACAAAAUACGAAACCGUUCAGUCCUUGGUCAAAGUUAGGUAGUGUUAAAUCACCAAGCUCUUCUCAACUGAGUCAAUCUAGCUCGCACUCCAAAAGCUCAACCAAGCAGUCGACUAGCGGAGGAGCCGUCUCUUGGACAUCGUGGAGCGAUUGGGCAAAAUGUAGCGCCAGUUGUGACGGUGGUACUCGUACUCGACGGCGAGAAUGCAACGAUGACAAGAAGAAUCUCGCUACGGGCUGUGAGGGUGAAUACAUGGACACUGGCACAUGUGAGUCUACGCCUUGCCAGUCGGAAUCCUCUUGGAUACCGUGGAGCGAAUGGACAAAAUGUAGCGCCAGUUGUGACGGUGGUACUCGUACUCGAUGGCGAGAAUGCAACGAUGACAACAGGAAUCUUGCUACGGGCUGCGAGGGUGAAUACAUGGACACUGGCGAUUGUGGUUUACAACAUUGCCAGUCGACAUUAAGUUUGAAGGAUGCGCAAUAUCCAGGCAGCGCCAGUAAGAGCGAAUCUAGCGCGCAGUCCAGGAGCUCAACUCAUAAAUCAAGUAGCGAAGCUUGGUCGCAGUGGAGCGAAUGGACAAAAUGUAGCGCCAGUUGUGACGGUGGUAGUCGUACCCGAUGGCGAGAAUGCAACGAUGACAAUAAGAAUCUUGCUAUGGGAUGUGAAGGAGAGUACAUGGACAGUGGCGAUUGUGGCUUACAACCUUGUUCACCAUCAUCACAUUUCACCAAACCAAAACCGGACACACCACCUCCCGACAUGACCACGCUUUACAACCCAUGGUCAGAGUGGCAAGCAUGCUCGUGUGCUAAUCGGCACAAGAAGAGAACACGCACCUGUCUCCGUGGAAAGGAAGCCCAGUGUGCCACGUCAAAGAUGGUUGUGGAGGAGACGGAGAGGUGUGACCCCGGCAGGUGUCCAGGUUCUGAACAGGCCUCCGCAGACAGUGCAUCUCAUAAAGAAGGCGACACGUACGGAUCUGCAGGGGGAAGGGCUGGAGGGGGAGAGAGUGGAGGAGAAGAAGAAGAAGAUGGGUGGAGCGCAUGGGAAGACUGGCAGCCCUGCACGGUCACGUGUGGAAUGGGUGUGCGCAUGCGCACUCGGCGCUGUGCAGACUCCAACUGUCGUGGUGACGAUGUUGAGUCGGAAGAUUGUUUUGCUGAUCAACUCUGUGAGGAUGGUACUGCUAUCAGCGAAUUUCAUGCAGAGGUGGGAAAAGGGGCCGUCAUCAGUUGCUAUGGCAACUAUUUUGUUGAAGAUCAUCCUGGAUCCAAAGUUAUUUGGUCAAAGAACGAGGAACCGAUCAAGUUGUUGGAUCGUUUUCUGCUCAAGAACCUUGCCGACCUUGAAAUCAAAGAAGUACAAGCCGAUGAUGAAGGCAUCUACACAUGCGCAGUGGAGUCAGGAGAUAAAACAUUCACACGCCAUGUCAUACUUCUAAAGAUUAACUCGGCAGAUGGUUUCGGUGGCGAUGCCAUGAUGCAGAUGAUCAUUCCCGCUUCCGUUCCCCUUGCUGCACUCAUUUUGAUCAUUGGAAUAUGCAUAUGCCAGAGGUGUUGUGGAAAGAAAGAGGAUCCAGGGAAAAGAAAGGCAAAGAAAGUCAAAGAAAAGAAGCCAAACCAACUAAAAAGGGUGCCUCAAAGUCAAAGAACAAUUCGAAUAUUAAGAGUUCAAAGGUACCGGAGAUUACUGAAGAAGAGGAUGAUGUUGAAUCUCUAGCAUCGAUGCCUGAUAGAAGUCCUCCUCCACCACCACCACCACCACAACCACCACCCUCAUCUGGUUCUUCACCAGGUGC